AUGGGUCUCGCAAAUCCCGCCGCCUGGAAUUUCGAUAUCGACAAGUGGCUGAAUCCAUUUGUUCCCCGUCCGCCAUGGAAGCGACUGCCAUAUGCGAUAUCCUAUUUCUUUGGAUACAGGAAACAGCCGCUUAAGCCUAUUGGCAAUCUGAUUACUACUGCCUGGGCCUUUGUUGGCAUCUUCCUCGCAAUCAUUGUAAUUGAGCUUGUAACAAAACAAGUGACAGUAUUUCAACAGCACCAGGCUCCCAUUAUCAUUGCCAGUUUCGGAGCAGGGUCUGUUCUGCACUUUUAUGCCAUAGAAUCACCCCUAGCACAACCGCGCAAUGCCGUCUUUGGCCAACUGAUUGCUAGUGUCAUUGGGGUUGGAAUAUGCAAGCUCUUUGCCCUGAGCCCUCACUUCGAGUCAAUUCGUUGGUUGGGUGGUGCCUUGGCAUGUGCGAUUGCGACGGCAUUGAUGGCCAUCACCAAAACGACUCACCCACCCGCCGGUGCUACGGCGCUUCUAGCCGUAGUGAGUGAUGAUUCGUUGCCGCUGGGAUGGUUGCUAGUCCCCAUGAUGCUGCUAGGAGUUGUUCUUAUGCUGAUAGUCGCUCUGGUCAUUAAUAACAUCCAACGCAAAUUUCCUCAGUAUUGGUGGACACCAGAGGACCUAUCUCACGGCAAACGCGGCAAAAUUACAGAGAAAACCUUUGGGAAUGGGGUCGGGGCGGAUUUGGAGAAGAACUUGACCAUGGCCGACGCGAGUCAGCAUGAAGGAACCAUCAUCACCAACUAG